AUGCGACUUGAGCGGCUUCACCAACUUGAUCACAGUGAUCCUACCCACCUCUGGCUGCUCCACAUACUCUUCUUGGACAGCAUCCGGGAUGACUGCAGGGCGUUCCAAGAGGAGUGGAACCAUCAUCCCAUCUCAGGGGAGGGUCACGAUCAAACACCCCUGGACAUGAGGUUUCUUGGUCAGCUGGAGCAUGGAGUCUAUGAUGAUGGGUAUGAAGAUGUCCAUCCCGAUGUCUUGAACCGCUAUUACGGUGCGGACUCUACCCAUGAGAGGCUUCAUCCUGGCCAGACUGGUGCAGGCCAUUCGGACUCUGAAGAUGAAGGCGAAGCUCUGGAGGACCUCAUUGCUGCAGACCAGGAACGGCACGUCCGACAUGACCCUAUCCCAGUUCCAAAGACAUCCAGCCCUUUCCCGGCCGACUUGACUGCUGACUUCCUCAAAGCACUGGAUGAAUUACUGGCUACAGACAUUGUGCCUACCGGUCUAGGUCUACGAAAUGACGAGUGGCCUGAAGGGGGUUACCCUGAGGCAGAGGCCAUCAGAAGCGGGAGGAAGUACGUAGACAUCGGUCUCCCAUUCAAUACAUGGUGGCCCAGGGCAGUGGUGUGGGGGAAGGCAUUGACGCUCUUGUCUCAUUUUCAGGCCAUUUAUGAGGAAGCAGCAGGCAUAUCAGGGUCUGACAGUGGGAGUAGCGAGUAA